UUUAAACCAUUUGAUAUAUAGAUUAACAAUCAAUAUUUAGGACACACAAUAAAUCGUACAGAAUUUUAAUGUUUAUAUAAGGUAAAUUUGAAUGGGUGCUUUCUGAAUGAUUUUUAAAUUGUAUAAGAUGCUAUUUAUGUGGAAAACAACAUUGUUUAUAAAUGAGUAAUAUAACUUAGGAAUACAAUACAAGAUGCCUUUGAUGAUUGAGGGUAAACCCAUUGGUGGCGUACCAAAGACAGUACAAGAAUUCCUUGCUAAAUACGACUUCAAAGAUUCUUCUAAUAAGUUGAAAUCAGCUCCACUUAAAAAGGUAGCCCCUAUAGGGUUGUUGUAUGUUGGACAGAGAGAAUUUGCAGCCACAUCACCUGAAGAUGAGAAAAUACAUGUAAUGGGAUCAGAAGAUGCUACAACUUGCCACAUAGUAAUAAUAAGACAUACAGGUUGUGGAGCGGUGUGUAUAGCUCAUUUUGAUGGUUAUGGAUCAGACAAAGCUGUCCAAGAUAUCAUGAAAGUAAUGAACGAGUUGUGUAAAAAUAAACCAUUCGGCAGGUAUGAACUGCAUGUAGCAGGUGGAUUUAUAGAUGGUGACGAGUCAUCAGAAAAAGUUUCUAUUAAGACAUUAAAUGCAUUUAACAAUACAUCAGAGGAAAUUCAUUUAAUUACAGCUUGUAUUUGUGAUUUAAACAAUGAAGUAAAGAAAGGCAUGAAUUUCCCUGUAAUAUAUGGAUUAGCUGUAAAUGUAAAGACAGGAGAUAUAUACAGAGGUACAUUCCUAGAUCAUGGACCAGAUAUGCCUUUAAGAUCUGCUAGACACUUCACAGGAACUGAAGAAGUGAUAAAUAUUUAUGACCACAGAAAAAGUCAGAUCCGAUUAGAGCCUAUUACAUACAGUACUAUGGAUGAGAUAGAAUUACUGUGUAGAAUGCCUGACCUAUUUAUUAGACAGCAUUUAUCUACAUCACCUGACCAGGAGCCUCCCCACUUUGAGGCCUCAGUAAGAGCUGCUCUGGUACAGAUAAGAGAUUAUCCAGAUCCUAAAAAGUCCAUGUUUGCUGAUGGUAAACCUAGAUGUUAUAAUCUGGAAUCAAAUGGGUCAUGGACAAAAGUAUGAUGAACAGAACUGUGAUCAAAUUAAUAUGUGAUAUGACAGAUUUUUUUUUCUAUUAGAUAAGAACAAUUAUCAUGAUAAUUGUUAAUAUUAUAUACCAUUUUCUGUUGUAGGACAGCAAGCGCAUCUAAACUUUAAAACUUUAUUGCUAUCUUUCCAAUUAUAGAUUAGGAUUGAAAUUCAUAAGAUUAUUGGAAUUUUCUUCUAACUGGUCAGAUCACACAACAGCCAAGUCCUCUUAGAACCACCUGAAAACUGGCCUUGGGGUCAUAAAAAUUUUGAGCACGAUUAUCGUAUAUUUUGUUCUCAGACUUAAAAAUCAACCAAGUAAAAUAAUAGAUUUGGUGUUUCAAAUUUUGUACACCAAGUACUGACUUUUAUGACCAAGAGCCCAGGCAUUCAAAUUAUCAAUGAAAUCCAGUGUUUAGAAGUCAUGAUUGCUUGUAGAUUAACUUGGAACUUUAGAUAAGCCUUGACCAUUAUCGUAUGGGGUAAGAACUUAAAACAUUUCAUGUAUCAUUUAUAUGUCUUAAGCAACAGAAUGACAAUUUAAAAUAUGUCUCUUGUAUAAAACAUGACCAUUGUUUUUUCUAUUUAUAUAAUGUAAAGUUUGUUUAAUAACAUUGGUUAUAUAUUUCAGUACAAUAAGGUCACACACAAUUAAAAUGUAAACUUUU